AGGUAUUUGAAAAUGGAGCAGGAAAAUGAUUUAAGUGUCGCGAGCUAUGCCGCUUCUUUGCCACAGACGACGGCGGAGGCGGCCUUUGUGGACUGUGGCACAACAGAGAGUAGUUCUUCGGACCUGUUCGCUGAGGUGGAGUCGACAGCCGCUGGAUGGAUGCUGAAUUUUGCCUGCCGCUGCCUGUGCCGCCAUUUUUGCGAGGGCAACCGCGCCGACUUCGAGAGGAGCAGAGACUUGGCCCUAACUAUUAUUAAAGGAUUCCACAAAAUAGAAACUCAUCAAAAGGAAACAGUGUGCCUCUGUCAGUUGUUGACAUAUAUUGCCGAAGGAAAAACAUUUGAUUCUGAUUUUGGAGAUGACCAAAGACUUUCACCACUGGAAAAUGCUUUGUCGGUUUGGACUUCAUUCCUAAAAACACAAAGCAAACAAGAUAAAUUGCAUGAAGAUAUCAAGUGCUUAAUUCAGAUUCAGGCUGUUGCUGUAUAUAUGGAAAAAGGAUAUUUUCAGGAGGCUGCAGAAGUGAUAGAAAGACUUUUCCCAGAAUCUUCAUCCAAUGAGCCUUUAAGAAUGAAGCUUUCUGCAAUAUCAAGACAAAAAGAUCCAUAUCAUCCAUUUCUUCGAUUUUUCAGUUUCAAUCUUUUGACUGAGAGAAUUAAAACUUAUAUCAAUAUUUUCUUGAAAAAAGAAACUAACAAUUUUUUAAUGCAGGAAGCUACAAAAGAGGUGAAAACGAAAAAUUUGGGAAUAAUGGUAAACACACAAUGCGACAGUACAGUUGAAAUAAACAAAGAAAAUCAUUUGGAAAACACACCAAGCACUCUUCUAAAAUUACAUAAACAUUCUUGUUCCUUACCUGGUCAGUCAUUUUGGAAACCAAGGCAAAUACAGACUUUUGUGUCCAAAAAUAUAAAACGAAAAGCCCUUCAAUGUACAAAAAAUCUGCAAAAUACUACAACUGCUGUACAAGAUGGGUUUCUGCCAGCUUGUCGAAAGAAAAAGCCAUGGAAGUGGGAAGAAGACAAGAAAUUAAAAAAAGGUGUACAGAAGUUUGGAGUUGGCAACUGGUUGAAAAUUCUUCAGAAUUAUGAUUUUAAUAAUAGAACCAAUGUUAUGUUAAAAGACAGAUGGAGAACAUUAGUUAAGUUAGGCUUGGCCUAAAUUGUUUUUUCCUCAAAAACUCAGCCUAUUUACUUACCUCAUUACAUUUUGAUAAUGAUGAUGUGAUAGUCUUACUAGGUGGUAUCUUGAAUUAAUAUAAAAGAGGAACCAUUUUAUGUAAUUAUAGUUCCUAAAAAAUAAAGUUUUUGCUUCUUCAGUUGACUCUUGAAAAUCUAGAGGUGAUGAGAUGUUAAGUGGAAGGUCUAUUAUCUAGUUAAUCAUUUGAAUAAAGGUGCUUGAGACAAGCAACUUCAAAUUGAUUUAGUCUUUCAUUCUGGAGA